CGAAGAAGGAAGUUUCAAUGUGAUGCAAUACAAACAUUGCAUUUUCAAUAUCAAAUUACAAAAUCGAUUUAUCGUAUUCACAGUUUGCAAAUAUUUUAAAGGACCCGUGAGACUUUGUAUAUAACAACUUUCUUUUGUUCUACGAAGAAAUCAUGAACAAUUAUCUUGGGGAUCAGGUCGUUGAUAUUCAUCAGACCGAUCAUUCAAUUCCCUCGGUCAUUUCAAAAUAUGUAGACCUUUGCAAAUUAGAGGACAGCGACGACUCCUUCAUCGCUUGUAACCUUGGGGACAUCGUCUACAAAUACAAUGACUGGUUUAGAACGUUUCCACGCAUCAAACCGUUUUAUGCGAUGAAAUGCAACGACGACUCCGCAGUUCUGAAAAUACUUGCUGAUCUGGGGGCAAACUUCGACUGUGCAAGCAAGUCGGAGAUUCAGAAGGUCCUGUCAAUGGGUGUUUGCCCGUCACGCAUCAUAUAUGCGAACCCCUGCAAGCAGUCUUCCAUGAUUCGCUUUGCUGCCAAGAGCAACGUCGAAAAAAUGACUUUCGACAAUGAGUCCGAAUUGAAUAAAGUGAAACGUAUCUUCCCCACUGCCAAACUGGUCCUCCGCAUCUCGCCGCAAAGCAACUUCAAAGUCCUGUGCGAUUUGGGCAUAAAGUUCGGCGUAAACCCCGAAAAGGCCAUCAAUCUCCUGCGCGCUGCCAAGAACCUCGGUCUGGACAUCAUAGGCGUAAGUUUCCACGUUGGAAGCGGAUGCCAGGAGCCAGAAGCAUUUGCUUCUGCCAUCCAACAAGCUCGCAUGGUGUUUGACCAGGGACGCGACCUCGGGUUUAACAUGACGCUGCUCGACAUCGGAGGCGGCUUUCCAGGCCACGCCGGUGCGUCAGUCUCAUUUGAUGCUUUCUCCCACGUUGUGAAUAUGGCUCUGGACAAGUAUUUCCCAGCAGAGGAAGGAAUUGACCUUAUUGCAGAACCAGGCCGCUACAUGGUGGCCUCUGCUUUCACAAUCGCGGUCAACAUCAUUUCCAAGCGAAUUGAGACACGCCACCAGCAUGAUAACAAUGGGGAGCUCAUCAAUCCCGUAGUAAUGUACUUCGUUAGCGACGGGGUCUAUGGCUCAUUCAACUGUCUCCUAUAUGAUCACGCGGCCGAAGUUAAAAUCAAGCCACUGAAGUACGUGGAUGUAAACGACAUGACCUUCGAGAGCAGCGUGUGGGGACCAACGUGCGAUGGGAUUGACUGUAUCGCGACGCACUUGCAGCUCCCCAUGCACGAGGUCGAUGAAUGGUUCUACGUUGAAAACAUGGGCGCCUACACGAUCGCCGCUGCGUCCACAUUCAACGGCAUGCAGAACCCCAGACGCAUCUAUUACUGCGAUGAAGGCAUUUGGUUAAACGUCUACCCAAAGACAGUGUACAAUUGCGCCCAAUCAGGAACCCCUGACCUCCGACAGGGUCAUUCCCUUCAAAACACCUGCGAGAAGGUCUGUUAGCUGUUUGGUGAGAGCAAAGGCAUCAUUUGCAGCUACUAGAACAACAAGAUAUUUUUGCUCACGAAUUCUAAUGGAAUUCACAUUCGAUGGAGAAAAAUGGACCUUAUCGUAGUUUUCUCAUGUGUGCGUUUUUCGCUCGGAACUUUUUGAUAUUAUGUUUCUCACGUGAUAGUUUGAUACUUGUUUUAUCAGAAACCUUUUUUUAGAAAAAAAAAAUUGGGGGGACAUUAUUUAUAAUUUGCAUUUUCUGGCCGUGUAAUAUUUGAAUAAAUUGUUCGAUAAAAAGGGGUAUUAUAAGAAACACUUCUACUAAAACAGGGUUCUGAACAUUUCGUUUUAAGAUUUUAAACAUUGCCUUUCUCGUAUACCUUAUGUAUGAACUAUAUAUGUGUGUACAAAUAGUUUAUUGCGUAAUAAUGCAUUGUAGACGAACGUUUUUGCCUAUUUCAUGCAUACCCAUGUGCUUUAUGAACAAACUCUACAUUAUCGGCGUGAUUCUCAUUGCUAACAAUAAUUUAUAUCAAAAUAAAACUUAUGUUAAUUAAA